AUGGCGCACCGCCCAGGCCAAGGAGAAGGGGAGCGAGAGGAACAGCGACAACAACAACAACAAGGUUCUGCCAGCGCACCUUCCUCCUCCUCAUUCUCCUCCACAGCCAAUGUUCCACCUCCUCCCCCUCCUCCUUCACCGCCGCUGCGUACUUCCUCUUCCUCCGUGCCGCCAGCACACAGCAGCGCGUGGUUGCGUGAAGCAGCUGCGCCAUCCACCUCGCUCGAAGCGACGCACCCAUCGACAAGAGCAGACGCAGCACCACCCAGACCACCGGUUUCGCUAACAAGACCAGUACUGGCCACCCCGCCAGUGUCGCCAUCACGACAGUCACAAGCAAACACUUUAAUGACAUCACCAUCAUCGGACACGGCUGUGCCAGCCUUUGCCAGUGCUGUCGCCGCAGCACCUCCACCUCCUUCUUCUGCUCCUCCUGCCGCUGCUGUCGCAACCCUGCCGACAAGCGCAUCGACAAGGACAACACCGACAACGAUCCCACUAACAACACCGCCUCAGCCCCGCAUGAUACAUGUGUCCACCCCGCCAACGCCGCAAGCGCAACCAAUUACCCCAAACACGACAGCAGCACCUGCAAUGGGCACGUCACAGCCGUCGACAGACACCGUGCAUCCGCUUCCGCUGGUCGUACCCAGGCCCGCGUCGCCCUCGCCUUCCUCCGCGGCUACCACCCAAGGUCAAGGUGUGAUCGUGCACCAACUGUCACAGCAACACACGGGCCAAGGCCAACAAUCCCAAACACAACAGCAGCAACAGCAACAGCAACAGCAGCAGAAGGAGAUACGGAGACGGAUCAGGACCCGCUUUGGUUUUGUGAGCCGUGCCUGGGCGGCAUAUCAGCCCCCUCCUGUGCCCUCUGCCCACGCCUCGGAGGCGCCAUGA